AUUAAAUAAAUUAACAUGAAUAAUUCUCAAAAUUCAGAUAUUUUCUUGGAAAAUAGCACGAUUGAAGAUAGUCCACCCGUUCUUAAUAGUACACCUUAUAAAAUGCUAUUGACAAGAACGAUACAAUUUCUUAGCACAGAAAGUAUAUUCAAAGAACCCUCAUUUGCUCAAAAAUUUACUUCAUGCCUUGAAGAUUGUUGCGUUUGUAUUUGUCAGUGUUUGGAAUCGAUAAGCUCUACAAUAGAGAGUACAGAGGUUCAAUCAGUGGAAUUACAAAGUUACUUAGAAGAUGCUGUUAUUCUGUUACAAAAAUUGUCAUGUUUUCUGAAAACUCUCAUAGAAACAGUUGCAUUGUCGUGUGAAAGUUUAAAAACAUUUCCCACAACCACUGGUCAAAUUAUUUUAAAUGUUUUUACUCACUGCAAAGACAGUGAAUACUUAUAUGGAAAAUUUUUAAAGGUUGUUGAGACAGAAUUAAAAGAUUUAUUUCGUACUUGCCAUGAAUUGCAACAUACAUAUUUGAUGAUAUUGGAGAAGCAUUUUAUAUUUGACAUGAUGGAAGUUGAACAACAAUAUAUUCUUCUCAAAGCUCUUGAUAUUAAUUUGAAAAUAAGUGAGAUUGUCCAAACUUUGGAUGUGAAAACAAUGGCAGAGCAGUUGAAGGCUUAUACUGGAAUAUGUAACAAAUAUUCCGAUAGUUUAAUAGAUAAAGAAAUCUACAACCAAUGUACCGAGUUCUUAUGUGGUUUGAUUGUAGCUAACUUGAAAACGGCUUUGGAGGUUGAUCAAGAGGAAAAAAUAAUUUUACGUUCAUUGAAAAUUGCCAGUUUCAUUAUAAAGAUAUUAUUGAAAGUAAGCGACAUCUUCAAACAUGGAGCAAGAAAUAAUUAUGAUAUUGUUUUGCAAACUUUGAUUUAUAUUUAUAUGUAUGAUGGUACAAUUCUCAGUGAAGUGUUAAACAAGUCACCUCAGUUUAUCAGUCAAGUUAAUAUACUUAUUUUAGGAAUAACACAAGAGUUAUUAUCUCAACUGCUUCAUGAUAAAAGAUUCUUUGAUGUAAGUGAAGUUUGGCUUAAUUCAGAGAUUAUGUUGUACAAAGACAGCAAAGAACAAAGUUUGGAAGAUAUUUUGCUUGUUAAUUUAGUAGCUCUAUCUAUGUCUUUAACUGUUGAUGAGUUUGCAUUACUGGAGCAUAAGUUAUGUGAUGCUGUGUUGGGAAAUAAUUGUUCAAGGGCUGUAUUUGUGACACGUUAUUGGGUCUUGUUAGCAAAACUCACUGAUUCACAAUACACUGUACCAACUGUGAUGUCUUUAUGUAAUAUAUAUGAAAAUUUGGAAUUAAAUAAUUCGUUCAAAAACUCUCCGCAAGAAAUUCAAUUAGGACAAAUAAUAAGACGAGUUUUUGAAGUUUUACCUAACCAUUAUAAAGUUUUGGUUAAAAAGCAAUAUGAAAUUCAUGAGAAAUAUUACAGUUUGUGGAGUUUUAUUAAGAUUAAAAAUUUACCAGAAAAUAUAAGAGUAACAACAGAAGAGAAUUUGCUUCAAAAAUUAUUAAUUGAAUUAAAUAAACUAAGGAACUCUGAACAUUAUAUGGAAAAUGAUAUGUGGCAAUUGAAAAAAAAAUAUUUCUAA